AAAUCCAAAUCCUUUGGAAUAAGCAAUUGUAUUAAUCCGGUAGACCAACUCCUAGCAAGCCCCCUGCUGAUUCUUGCAUGCAUUUACUAAAGACACAGUUGAAGCCACCAUCGAUACCUUCGGACGUGUCGUUGGGCAGAUGCGUCCAUAGUGAUUUGGGUGGAUAUCUCGGACUCGAGAAGCAGCAGUUCGCGUUGUUGAUCGUCUGGGGCCCAAAUAAGUCAAUUUCUGGGCAUGAUCUAGACCUCAUCUCUUUUUAUGAAAAGAUGAUGGGCAGUUUUAUCAGCUCCACUGGCUCGGCCAAACCUUUCCGAGGCGAUAGAGCAAGAAAUGGUGAGAGCGAUCAUUGUGGCGGUGACACCGGGACCAUCUCUUCUCAGCCGACGAUUCUUCAGAAAGAGGAAUUUGGAUGGGCAAGUAGAGCGCUGCUUUGGAACACUCAUUUGAGCAAGAUUACGAGAUCUACUUAUGUUCUUGAAGGGCUACAUAAGUAGAUAGCUGCUGCGCCUCGACCUCGGACAUUCAGAGUGGUCGAGAGAUUAGCAGUAACUUUUUUAUUAGCACUGUCUUAUGAAACUCUCUUACAUAGAAAUGGGGACUUCAUUUGUCAGAUUGUAAAAUCCCUCUAUAUAUGUUCUCUUGCAUGAAAACAUUUAGGUGUAGAAUAGAAUGUAGAAUCUAAAUAUUGGCAUUUUGUUAAUGAAUGAUUUCGAUCACGUCGUUGAGUUUCAAGAGGGGUUAAUCUUCUCUCCCUUGUUUUGAUGUGAAGCCAAAAAAAGAUAAAACCCCUCUCCUCAAUGAUAGCCAAAUGUCGUUGUAUAA